CUGUCAGGUCGGGGAGAAGGAGGAAAAUGGCCGCCGGGUGUGUGGAGGGGGUCGUGCUGGAAAUUGCCUCGUCCGCAUUUCCCGGUUUCUAACAGCGCCGGCGGCAAAGCGGGCCAUUCCCGCCCGAACUGUCUUUGGCUGGCUGUUAGACGGUGUUGGAGCUACAGCUUUCCGUGAAGAUGUCAGUUCUAAUCUCCCAGAGUGUAAUAAAUUAUGUUGAAGAAGAGAACAUUCCUGCUCUGAAAGCUCUUCUAGAAAAAUGCAAAGAUGUAGAUGAGAGAAAUGAGUGCGGCCAGACCCCGCUGAUGAUAGCCGCGGAGCAGGGCAGCCUGGAGAUGGUGAAGGAGCUGCUUAAGAACGGGGCUAACUGCAACCUGGAAGACUUGGACAACUGGACAGCACUUAUAUCGGCCUCCAAGGAAGGGCACGUGCACAUUGUGGAGGAGCUGCUCAGGUGUGGGGCCGACUUGGAGCACCGCGACAUGGGAGGAUGGACAGCUCUGAUGUGGGCGUGUUACAAAGGCCGCACCGAGGUGGUGGAGCUGCUGCUUUCCCACGGCGCCAACCCAAGUGUCACCGGUCUGCAGUACAGCGUCUACCCGGUCAUCUGGGCGGCAGGGAGGGGCCACGCGGACAUCGUGCAUCUUCUGCUGCAGAACGGCGCGAAGGUCAACUGCUCUGACAAGUACGGGACCACCCCUCUGGUUUGGGCUGCACGAAAGGGCCACCUGGAGUGUGUCAGACACUUACUGGCUUCAGGAGCUGAUGUUGAUCAAGAAGGAGCUAACUCAAUGACUGCACUUAUUGUGGCUGUGAAAGGGGGCUACACACAGUCGGUAAAGGAGAUUUUGAAGAGGGGCCCCAACGUGAAUCUGACGGACAAGGACGGAAACACAGCCUUGAUGAUCGCGUCGAAGGAGGGGCACACGGAGAUCGUGCAGGACCUGCUGGACGCCGGGACCUACGUGAACAUGCCUGACAGGAGUGGAGACACCGUGCUGAUUGGAGCCGUCAGAGGUGGUCACGUGGAAAUCGUGCGAGCGCUUCUCCAAAAGUACGCUGACAUAGACAUUCGGGGGCAGGACAACAAAACAGCUUUGUACUGGGCUGUGGAGAAAGGGAACGCGACGAUGGUGAGGGACAUCUUGCAGUGCAACCCGGACACGGAGAUCUGCACCAAGGAUGGCGAGACGCCACUGAUAAAGGCCACCAAGAUGAGGAGCAUUGAAGUGGUGGAGCUGCUGCUGGACAAAGGCGCUAAGGUGUCGGCUGUGGACAGGAAAGGGGACACGCCCUUGCACAUCGCCAUCCGUGGGAGGAGUCGGAAGCUGGCGGAACUCCUCUUACGGAACCCCAAAGACGGGAGGCUGCUUUACAGGCCCAACAAAGCGGGCGAGACGCCCUACAACAUCGACUGCAGCCACCAGAAAAGCAUUCUGACCCAGAUAUUUGGAGCCAGACACUUGUCCCCCACGGAGACGGACGGGGACAUGCUGGGCUAUGACCUGUACAGCAGUGCCCUGGCGGACAUCCUCAGCGAGCCCACUAUGCAGCCGCCCAUUUGCGUGGGGCUCUACGCCCAGUGGGGGAGCGGGAAGUCCUUCCUGCUCAAGAAGCUGGAGGACGAAAUGAAGACUUUCGCAGGACAGCAGAUCGAGCCUCUUUUCCAGUUCUCCUGGCUGAUAGUGUUCCUGACGCUGAUGCUCUGUGGCGGGCUCGGGUUGCUGUUCGCCUUCACGGUCGACCCGACCCUCGGAAUAGCCGUGUCCCUGAGCUUCUUGGCGCUCUUGUACAUAUUUUUUAUUGUCAUUUACUUCGGUGGCCGAAGGGAAGGGGAGAGCUGGAACUGGGCCUGGGUCCUCAGCACCACGCUCGCCAGGCACGUCGGCUACUUGGAGCUGCUCCUCAAACUGAUGUUCGUGAACCCGCCCGAGCUGCCGGAGCAGACCACCAAGGCCCUGCCUGUGCGGUUCCUGUUCACAGACUACAACCGGCUGUCCAGCGUGGGUGGGGAGACGUCCAUGGCCGAGAUGAUCGCCACCCUCUCGGACGCCUGCGAGCGGGAGUUCGGCUUUUUGGCAACCAGGCUCUUUCGAGUGUUCAAGACUGAAGAUACGCAGGGGAAGAAGAGGUGGAAGAAAACGUGCUGCCUCCCAUCUUUCGUCAUCUUCCUGUUCGUCGUUGGUUGCGUUAUUGCUGGGGUCACCCUGCUGGCCAUCUUCAGGGUCGACCCGAAGCACCUGACCGUGAAUGCCAUCCUCAUAUCCAUCGCGUCUGUUGUGGGGCUAGCCUUCGUGCUGAACUGUCGAACCUGGUGGCAGGUGCUGGACUCCCUCCUGAAUUCCCAAAGGAAGCGCCUCCACAGCGCUGCUUCCAAGCUGCACAAGCUGAAAAGCGAGGGGUUCAUGAAAGUCCUGAAGUGCGAGGUGGAGUUGAUGGCCAGGAUGGCGAAGACCAUCGACAGCUUCACGCAGAACCAGACACGGCUGGUGGUCAUCAUCGACGGGCUGGAUGCCUGCGAGCAGGACAGAGUGCUCCAGAUGCUGGACACCGUCCGGGUUCUGUUUUCGAAAGGCCCCUUCAUCGCCAUCUUUGCGAGCGACCCGCACAUCAUCAUCAAGGCCAUCAACCAGAACCUCAGCGGCGUGCUGCGCGACUCCAACAUCAACGGGCACGACUACAUGCGCAACAUCGUGCACCUGCCCGUCUUCCUGAACAGCCGCGGGCUGAGUGGCGCCCGGCGGCACCUGGUCUCCGCGGCCACCAACGGCGACCUUCCGUGCUCGGAUGCCGCAGGGACCCAGGAGGACGCGGACAGAAGAGUCUCACAGGUCAGCCUUGGGGAGAUGACGAAACUCGGCAGCAGGACAGCCCUCAACCGGCGGGACACCUACCGGAGGCGGCAGAUGCAGCGCACCGUCACCCGGCAGCUGUCCUUCGAUCUGACCAAGCUGCUGGUGACGGAGGACUGGUUCAGUGACAUAAGCCCGCAGACCAUGAGGAGGCUGCUCAACAUUGUUUCUGUGACAGGGCGAUUGCUGAGAGCCAACCAGAUUAGUUUCAACUGGGACAGGCUUGCGAGCUGGAUCAACCUGACCGAGCAGUGGCCCUACCGCACCUCGUGGCUCAUCCUGUAUUUGGAAGAGACUGAAGGUGUUCCAGAUCAGAUGACAUUGAAGGCCAUCUAUGAAAGGAUAUCAAAGAAUAUUCCAACAACGAAAGAUGUUGAGCCCCUGCUUGAAAUAGAUGGAGACAUAAGAAAUUUUGAAGUGUUCUUAUCCUCAAGGACCCCAGUUCUCGUGGCUCGAGAUGUGAAGACCUUCUUGCCGUGCACCGUGAACCUCGACCCCAAGCUGCGGGAGAUUAUCGCAGACGUUCGUGCUGCGAGAGACCAGAUGAACAUUGGAGGGCUUGCCUACCCCCCGCUGCCUUUGCACGAAGCCCCCGCAAGACCCCCAUCGGGCUACAGUCAGGCCCCAUCUGUCUGCUCCUCCUCCACAUCCUUCAACGGGCCGUUUGGGGGUGGGGUGCUGUCGCCACAGCCGCACAGCAGCUACUACAGCGGCCUGACGGGGCCCCAGCACCCGUUCUACAACAGGCCGUUCUUUGCCCCACACCUUUACACGCCAAGGUCUUGCCCUGGCGGCCCCCACCACCUCAUCUCACGUCCGUCUGUAAAAUCGGGUUUGCCCAGAGAGCAGAGCAAUGGCCUAGAGGUUAUCCAGGAGGACACUGCGGAGGGGCUGCCCUCGCCCACGGCCUCCUCGAGGGAGCGGACUUGGACAAGGAGGUUAAAGACGCCACGGCCGAGUGACUCUGGGUUUGACACGCAGAGACAGGGGCCGGGCCCCGCCUCAGGAAUGGCGCUGCUGAGCUCCAUGACGGUGGACGCGGUGUGCGAGAAGCUGAAGCAGAUAGAGGGGCUGGAGCCGAGCCUGCUGCCGCAGUACUGCGCCACCAUCAGGAAGGCGAACAUAAAUGGCCGUGUGUUAGCUCAGUGUAACAUUGAUGAACUGAAGAAAGAAAUGAACAUGAAUUUUGGAGACUGGCAUCUCUUUAGAAGCGCAGUGCUGGAGAUGAGAAGCGCAGAAACCCAGCUGGCCUCGGAAGACCCGCGGCUGCUCAGUGAGAACAGUGGCCCCGCACCCCCGGGCGACGCCACCCGGCGCGCCCCACACAGCGAGCUGCCGCACACCGAGCUAGCCGGUCAGGCGCCGUACACGCUCAACUUCAGCUUCGAGGAGCUGAACACGCUCGGCCUGGACGAGGGCGCCCCGCGUCACAGCAACCUCAGUUGGCAGUCACAAACUCGCAGAACCCCAAGUCUUUCGAGUCUCAAUUCCCAGGAUUCCAGCAUUGAAAUUUCAAAGCUCACGGACAAGGUGCAGGCUGAGUACAGAGACGCGUACAGGGAGUACAUUGCUCAGAUGGCGCAGUUAGAAGGGGGCCCGGCCUCCACGGCGGCCAGCGGCAGGUCCUCCCCGCACAGCGCCUAUUACAUGGGUCAGAGUUCCUCGGGGGGCUCCAUCCACUCUAACCUGGAAGCAGAAAAGGGGAAGGACAGUGAGCCGAAGCAAGACGACGGCAGGAAGCCGUUUUUGAUGAAGAGGGGGGACGUCCUGGAUUACUCCUCAUCCGGGGUUUCCACCAACGACGCCUCGCCCCUGGACCCGAUCACAGAAGAAGACGAGAAGUCCGAUCAGUCGGGCAGUAAGCUCCUUCCGGGCAAGAAGUCCUCCGAGAGGUCAAGUCUCUUCCAGACGGACUUGAAGCUCAAGGGCGGGGGACUGCGCUACCAGAAGCUCCCGAGUGAUGAGGACGAGUCUGGGACGGAGGAGUCUGACAACACCCCGCUGCUCAGAGACGACAAAGACAAGAGAGGGGAAGGGAAGGCCGAGCGCGCGUCCAAGUCCCCGGAGCACAGCGCCGAGCCCAUCAGAACCUUCAUCAAAGCGAAGGAGUACCUGACGGACGCCCUCCUGGACAAGAAGGACUCCUCCGACUCCGGGGUGCGGUCCAGCGAGAGCUCCCCCAACCACUCCGAAGCCGCCGACGACCCCCAGCUGGAGAAGGCCAACCUCAUCGAGCUCGAAGACGACGGCCGCAGCGGGCCCCGGGGAGUCCCCCACAGCCUCAGCGGCCUGCCGGACCCCAUCAUGGCUCGGAUGUCCAUUUGCUCCGAAGACAAGAAGAGCCCGUCCGAGUGCAGCUUGAUCGCCAGCAGCCCCGAAGAGAAUUGGCCCGCGUGCCAGAAAGCCUACAACCUGAACCGCACACCCAGCACCGUGACCCUGAACAACAACAGCGCGCCGGCCAACCGAGCCCACCAGCACUUCGAUGACAGGGACGGCACCCGGGAGACUCCGCAGGUCAUUCUGAGGCCCGCUUCCAGCUCCAGCUCGACGGCCGUUCAAAACGAAAACCUGAAGAGCGCGGCGCACAAGCGAGGCCCGCGCUCCAGUUACAGCCGGCUGUCCAAGGACUCUUCCGAGCUCCUGGCGGUGGCCCCCUCUGAGAGCACGGGCUUCGGGGAAGAAAGAGAAAGCAUCCUCUGAGGCCGGCACGCCCGCAGAGCAGUGUUAGCGCCCGUGACGGAGCCGGCCUUCCUCGCGUGUCUCGUUCUGCAUGUCAUUCACACACGAGUAGCCGACGAGAAGGCCCCGUGGUGACAGGGACGCGCACCGCACUGCGAGGACGGUGUUGGGAAGGCUGGGGCCCUUCCGCCUCCACGCUCUCCGGCACCGGGAGCUUUAAACUCACUGUCGUUACACUUUCUGCUGGAACGUACCCUGUAGAAGUCUGUGAGACGAGAUCUGCCUGCGAAGAUAGGUCACGUGUCUUACUACACACAGAAGGUUUAAUCGGCCGAACAAGAGCAGCCGGAGACCCUGUGUGUGGACCACUCACUCAUCAGAUGUUCGAGGGGGCCCCGUGUUGGGUGAGCGGAUGCCAGUUUUGCUCCUGAGGAACUGGCAGGUUAUGGAGUAGCCCAGAGACUAAAAGCGAAUUGAGAACCAGGGUUCCCCUAAAUAGAUAGUCAAAUUGCUCAUCACAGGGUUUUUAAAUUUUAAUAACAAAGUAUAGGAUAAAGAAGGCUUUUAAAUUGAUGAGUGAGUCGGAACUGCCCCCGACCUGGGUGCUGCUCCAGAGUCCCGGACUGGGCCCAGAUGCCCAGAGACCGGCCAGGUGCCUGGGAACCCGCCCUGGUCCGCACUGGGACCCUCCGAACUGUGUGCCCCCCGUUCCUCCGAGGCCCGGCAGGGAGAGGAGAAGACCCCACGCCCUCCUCUGGAGGGUCAGGGAGGACUCGGGCAACACGAGGCCGAGUGCACCUCCGUGGGGUGAGAGUGGGCAGGUGACGACGUGCGAAAGGCCAGUGACAAGUCAGGUGGGGCGAGACUGCUGCCUCCUGCCAGGGCGCCCUGGUCGGCCUCGUCUCUUCCUGGAGCAGCAUGUGAUCCAGGAAGGUCACAUGGGAGGGUCUGGGAAGGGGAGGCGUUUCUUUAAGUCAAAAGACCUGCAACAGAGCCAGGGCGACAGGGCAGAGGUGGUCCCAUGUGGGUUUUCUGGGGACCGGGAGUGCCCCCUGCCGCCACGCACCGAGGCAGUCUUGCCGACUCAGUGGGGCCCGUUUACGUGGAGUUGAUUCCGGCAGCGUGUCGUCUGUCAGAUUUUAGACGGUGAGGUUGUGGGGGUUGAUUAUCUGAAUUUAGUGUGAUGUCGUGAUGUUUUUGCUUCAUGGAUUUUUGUUUAUGUGCUGAAUAAAUCAUUUCCUUGGCUGGACGUUGCACUGGGUUGCUGCUCCUUGGGUUGGGUGCCUUGGGGUUGGAGUCAGCGUUCCAGUGAAGCGUCCCUUUAGCCUGCCCUUGACGGUGUCUCGGCCAAGGAGAAAGGGUGGUGUUGACAUUCAUAUAUGGUGACAUUGUAGCACUGGCGGGGUUUGCUAACUUGCAGUGUCGUGUAGUCAGUGAUUCCAGGGGCGAUGCUCCAUGUCUGUCCGGGCGGGCGGGUGCAGCUUUAUGUCACUGUAUUGCAUUUGUACCGUUCGUGAAGUUACCGCUGUGAUAGUAAGUGUUCAAAUAGACUUAGGAAAAAUAAAAACAUGCAUGCUA